GGGCAUUCUAUAAAGAUGUAAAGGUGUUGCUAUCUGAGAGAUGCAAGUGGCUUCUUGGGCGUGUGCUGAGACGUGUCACUGUCCUUUAGCAAAAAGAGAGACUACCACCCAUAUUUCUUGCCAAACACUCCAUCAAAUACUUUCUUUGGUUUUAUAAAACAAGAAUGUCAGUGUUCCUCUAUCUGUUUUUCUUGGUAUCUGGCCUUCAGGCUACAAUCCAUUGUGUGCUACAUAACAGCUCUGAAUACAAAGUAAAGACCUGCCAAUUGCCCCAACCAAAUGCCGCUCUCUAUAAGAUGCCAUUUAUCAACGCUGACUUUGCAUUCAGUUUAUAUCGGAGGCUCUCUGUGGAGAACCCACAUUGGAACGUCUUCUCCCCUGUGAGCAUAUCUUCUGUGUUAGCCAUGCUUUCUUUUGGAUCUGGCUCUAGCACCCAAACUCAGAUUCUGGAGGUUAUGGGAUUUAACCUCACAGAUACUCCUGUGACAGAAUUACAGCAGGGCUUCCAGCAUUUAAUUUGUUCAUUAAAUUUCCCAAAGAGUGAACUAGAAUUGCAGAUGGGAAAUGCAGUUUUCAUGGGGCAGCAGCUGAAACCACUGGCAAUGUUUUUGGAUGAUGUCAAGACCGUCUAUGAAACAGAAGUCUUUUCUGCUGAUUUCUCCAAUGUUUCUGCAGCUCAGCAGGAAAUCAAUAGUUGUGUAGAGAAGCAAACCAAAGGGAAAAUUGUAGGCUUAAUUCAAGACCUCAAGCUGAAUGCUAUUAUGAUUCUGGUGAACUACAUUCACUUCAAAGGUAAGGCAUCAAGAUUAACUUCCAGUCUAGUAUUCAGAUAGAGAACUGGGGAGAGUUUAUGGUCUCUUUAUCAUUGGGAUCAGUAGCUGUCCCUCAUAUCACAGUGAUUUUUCACUAUUGUCUCUAUCUGUGUAUUGUGUUGAGUCAUUUUAAGAUGACAUACUGCUCAGUGUAUGUUUCUAGGAAAUUUCUAAGGAGACAAUACUUUUAGAAGUGUGGUUGACACUGUUA